CACGUACGACUCGUGAAACCGUAUAAAAAGAGCAGGUCCAACAGUAGGUGAGACACUACACUUUGCCUAGCAGCAUCACAGCCAACCCAACUCUUCUUCUCCAACCCAAAUCAAUCAACAUGCGUUUCCAAGUUCAGAUUUUAUUGAUGGCUGCCGUCUGCGCUGCGGCUUUGUUCAACGGAGCCUGUUCAGCCCCGACGACGAGCGAUGCGCUGCUAGAACCAACAUCCCUCGACUUGGAGAGGACUACUGCUGUCGACGACGUCGAAGAAAACGAUGAAAAUGUAAUCCUCAAAUAUCUAGUCAAGAAAUUUAUCAAAAAAGUCGGAUGCGCUGUCGCAAAGGCCAAAGUUGAGAGGUGCGGUUCUCGAGAGCUGUCGGGUAUUCCUUUGGACCGCUCACCCGAAGACGACGAGUUGGACGAAGUGAGUUUUAGCUGCAAAUUUGCCAAAUUCAUUCGCAAGUUUUGCUAAACCAAACCAAACUACCAUCGAUUUGAAAAGCGAAUUUCUCCCGCGUGACGCUCGACCAAGAUCAUUCCCAAUCACAUCAACUGUUGCAGCAUAGUGUGUGUGUGUAUCACUCACUUACUGACUUAUCAAUAGUAUAGCGUCUAAUAAAAGAAUUGAAAUGCUAAAAUACAACGGCAGUGUCGGUACAGAGAAAAAAUGA